AGGCUGCAGUCCCUGAGGAAGAGCGCGCGCGUGUGUGGAUCAGGUCAUGUGGUCUCACAAGAUGGCGACUUCAGUGCUGGGAUGUAACGAGUGAAUCAGAGCUCCAGAGAAGCGCUCAAUACAGCCACCGGUACCGGAUCACCUCUCGUCCCAGCGCACAUGCGUCUCCCGCGGUGUCAGAGUCGGUGGGAAUGAAAGUUUAGCUCGGCAACAGCGUCUAACACCGCAUUCCCACAUUGAGCAAUUCAUCAAACCCUUCUCCAGAAUAUAAGGCUGUUUGUCAUAGAAUCGGGCUCUUUCCUCAUGGAAUAGCAGUGGAUGUUAGGAUAUAAGGUGUGUGUACGUUAGUUCAAAGCUUUGUGCGUCCGGAUCACUGACUGCAAUGGCCAUCCAUGUGUUCGAUAAUGAUGAGUACAGACCGCCUGUGUGGAAAUCCUACUUGUACCAGCUCCAGCAGGAGGCGCCACAUCCACGCAGAGUCACCUGCAUAUCUGAGGUGGAGAACCGGCCGAAGUACUAUGGACGAGAGUAUCAUGGGAUGAUCUCCAGAGAGGAAGCCGACCAACUGCUCAGUGUGGCUGAGGGAAGUUAUCUGAUCCGAGAGAGCCAGAGACAGCCGGGCACAUACACAUUAGCACUACGCUUUGGGAAUCAGACCCGAAACUUCCGUCUGUUUUACGAUGGGAAGCAUUUUGUGGGAGAGAAGCGCUUUGAGUCCAUCCACGACCUGGUAACGGACGGCCUGAUCACGCUGUACAUCGAGACCAAAGCCGCAGAAUACAUAUCCAAGAUGACCAUCAACCCCAUCUACGAGCACGUGGGCUACACCACCCUGAACCGCGAGCCGGCGCUGAAGAAAGCCCUGCCCGUCUGCAAAGACAUACCCGACGGGAAGGACGCCGCCGGAGAGGAGACCGGCCUGGAGGAGAGGCUCACAUCGCUGGUCCGUCGAGCCACGCUGAAGGAGAGUGAACGGGCUCCCAAGUACGAGAAAGUCCAUAACUUCAAGGUGCACACCUUCAGAGGGCCGCACUGGUGCGAGUACUGUGCCAACUUCAUGUGGGGACUCAUCGCUCAGGGAGUCAAAUGUGCAGAUUGUGGGUUGAAUGUCCAUAAGCAGUGCUCUAAGAUGGUGCCCAACGACUGCAAACCGGACCUGAAGCACGUGAAGAAGGUUUACAGCUGUGAUCUCACCACACUUGUCAAGGCUCAUAACGCUAAACGACCCAUGGUGGUGGACAUGUGCAUACGAGAGAUCGAAUCACGAGGUUUGAAGUCGGAGGGUCUCUAUCGAAUCUCUGGAUUCAGUGACUUAAUUGAAGAUGUGAAGUUAUCGUUUGACAGAGAUGGAGAGAAAGCAGACAUCUCCGUGAACGUCUAUGAAGACAUCAACGUCAUCACAGGUGCUCUUAAACUCUACUUCAGGGACCUGCCGAUCCCUGUCAUCACGUAUGACGCAUAUCCACGCUUCAUCGAGGCUGCCAAGCUGACAGACCCAGAUGAGCGUUUGGAAGCUCUGCAUGAAGCUCUGAAGCAGAUGCCUCCUGCUCACUGCGAAACACUGCGAUAUCUCAUGGCACAUUUAAAGAGGGUAACUCAGAACGAGAAGGAUAACCUGAUGAACGCUGAGAAUCUGGGGAUCGUAUUCGGCCCGACUUUGAUGCGGGCGCCCGAUCUGGACGCCAUGACGGCUCUGAACGACAUCCGCUACCAGAGGCAGGUGGUGGAGUUACUCAUCAAGAAUGAAGACAUCCUCUUCUAGCAUCACUGUCGUGAAUGCACCUCCAUACUGUUUACCGCAGCUCUGCGCUGCGCUCUUCUGCUCUGACUCAGUCUGGACUCCCAUAUGAAGGACUCUUGUAUUAUAGUGCAUUUUUGGACCAGUACUUACUAACACUUCUCCCUGUCUGAUGGGUUCUUUUCCUGUAUCUUGCAUGUCUUCCUCCCCAUUUUUGUCGGGGGUUGCUGAAGCUGAAGGGUGUGACGUACCUCAGCAUUAUUAUGGGAUGGCAUCGCUCUGUCGUGUCAAAAGCGGUGGAGUCCGGCAGAUCGGCUUUUUUGUUUUGUUUUUGUAAAACGUGAAUUUUGAUAUGGUCAGUUUUGGAGACACUUUACCUGAAGAGCCAUAAAUAAAGAUGGUGACAUUGUGCAGGCAUAAUAAUCUCUUCACAUGAUAUAUAAACUCUUGUUCAGACAAUCCUCAGUCAUCAUUCAUACUUAUACAUACAUACAUACAUGAAUAACAAACCAUGAAAAUGAAUGUUUAUCUUUGACAUAUUUAUGGCUCAGCAGGUAAAGUGUCGCCAGGGGUUUUUCAAUAUCUGUGAUUUGUUUUUAUUUUUGGUUGUUUUUUAUUCCUUCCGUCAGGUUGAUCUGACUUUGUUCUGCCUUCACAUGUCGAAAGUCAAACUAACUUCUGCUGUAGUUAGGAAGAUUAUUUACAGUCCAUGUACAUUUCAGGAUCCUUGAUCUUAGACUCGCCUUUAGAAAACACUCUUACGCUCACAUGACUGCUUGAUGUUUUUUGAUUCUGUGUUUUUGUAUUUGAUUUCAGCAUGGAUACGUUAAUUUAUUAAAAUUUACUUUUA